GGCUGGAGCUUCGUCAGUUGAACCGCUCGCGAGGAGAAGAGUCCGUGGGGAAGUAAUCCUGCGUGAGAUAGGAGCUCUCAUGAUCCCUGCUUCGCUGAUGGGGAAAGGCCCAGAGAGGGUCAACGCCUUGCCGAGGGUCACAUGUCAGCUCAGGCUCUGAACUCAGGAGCCCCCGCCUGCAGCGUGUACGAGGCUGAAGUGACAGUGGCCAUGGACCAGCCAGCCGGCCUGCAGGUGGACUACGUCUUCCGGGGUGUGGAGCACGCAGUGCGGGUGAUGGUGUCUGGACAGGUGCUAGAGCUGGAGGUGGAGGACCGGAUGACGGCUGACCAGUGGCGGGGCGAGUUCGAUGCCAGCUUCAUCGAAGAUUUGACUCACAAGACAGGGAACUUCAAACAGUUCAACAUCUUCUGUAACAUGCUGGAGUCGGCCCUCACGCAGAGCAGUGAGUCGGUCACUCUUGACCUGCUAACCUACACAGAUCUGGAAUCCCUGCGGAACCGAAAGAUGGGGGGCCGCCCAGGCCCCUUGGCCUCAAGAUCAGCCCAGCUCAACUCCAAGCGCUACCUGAUCCUCAUCUACUCUGUGGAGUUUGAUAGGAUUCACUACCCGCUGCCCCUCCCGUACCAGGGCAAGCCAGACCCUGUGGUCCUGCAGGGCAUCAUUCGCUCGCUGAAGGAGGAGCUGAGCCGCCUUCGAGGGCUGGACGGCCAGGACACUCGAGACAGCCGGGAAACUGAGAUCUGGCACCUGCGGGAACAGGUGUCGCGCUUGGCGUCUGAGAAGCGCGAGCUGGAGGCCCAGCUGGGCCGAUCGCGUGAGGAGGCGCUGGCCGGCCGGGCGGCUCGCCAGGAGAUCGAGGCGCUGCGCGGGCUGGUGCGCAGUCUGGAGCUGGAGCUGCGGCAAGAGCGCGGCCUCGGGCACCGAGGGUCCGGCCGCCGGAGCCAGGAUUGCCGCCGCCUGGCCAAGGAGCUCGAGGAGGUGAAGGCGUCGGAGCGGAGCCUGCGUGCCCGGCUGAAGACGCUGAACACUGAGCUGGCCGCCUACAAGAGGGGGAGACGGACUCCGCCUGUGGUGCCACCCUCCGCCCGGGAGCAUCGCACUUCGACGUCCCGGGAGCGCUCCACGUCCCGUGGCCGUGGCGCCGCCCGCUCCUCAUCCCGGGAGAGUGGCCGCGGGGGCCGGGGUCGAGGCGGUCCAGCCGGCCCCUCGCCGUCGCCCACAGGUGGUCGCGUGACCCGUUUCGACCCAACAGCCUUUGUGAAAGCCAAGGAGAAGAAACAGAGAGAGAUCAAGAGAAAGCAGCAGCAGCAGCAGCAGCAGCAGCAGCGGAACCGAUUGGGCAGCGGAGGAAGCGGGGAUGGCCCAUCCAUCUCCUGGUCUCGCCAGACCCGGCCCCCCGCUGCCGUGACCGGCCGAGGAGACGCGGCUAACCGCUCCCGAAACCGCAGCUCCUCGGUGGACAGUUUCCGCAGCCGCUGCUCGUCCGCCAGCUCCUGUAGCGAGUUCGAGGAUUUCUCUGAAUCCCUCCCUAGAGGCCGAUGCGGGAAGCCUCCCAGCCCCACUACCUGGAGUUCGUCGAAUACGCAGCAGAAGUCCAUCCCCGUGGAACACAGACGCCAUCAGAGACGCCUGGCCAGUUCAGGGGGCUGGGUCCCCAUGAAAGAGCUCUCGAUUUGCUGAAUCCUGUGCAGUCCCCGAGACAGGCACUGUUGUCAUCCCCACUUGAAGCUGAGGAAGCAGAGGCCUAGAGGUUAUUUAUCCAAGGUCAUGUUCUGGAGGUUAAUGUUUCCCAGAACUCUCCACUGAGAAGCUCUUCUGCCCUCUCCCCGGCCUGCUUCCUGCUUCCUCUUCCCUGCUGGGGUCCACUUGAGUGACAGGAUCAAGGUUGGCGCUGCAACCAGACUCAGACCAUGGAGCCCCAGCAUCUGCCUCUUGAGGUUUCCAGUUCUGUCAGCAGAUCCUUCAGACUCACUCAUUCGACAUGUCUUGAUGGAGCGAGUUUGAUUUCCAACAUUGGAAUUAACUUGAUCGGCAUUUUGGAGAUGUGUUAUCUGCCACCACAGACCCCUGGCUCACAGGGUCACCGAUGAUGCAUAGAAUGUGCGAACUUCUAAUAUUGGGUCCUGAAUCAACCACUUGGGAGGCAGAUCCUGGACUAAAGAGACCAGAAAUACCAUAGUGAUACUGGCCCCAGGUGGUAACGGCCCUGUCACAGCUGCAGCACCUGACACAAACAGUCGGUACUCUCUACGUUUGCUCAAUGGGAGUUCCUGUCGUGGCUGGGGGAAAUGGAUCUGACUAGUAUCCA